GAGCCGAGCCCCGGGCCUGACCCUGGGGCGCGCUGGGCUCCAGUCGUGGCAACUGGGUGUGGGGAGGCCACCCAGCCCACCUGGGGUAUCCGCUGUCGGACGGGCUCUCACCUCCAACAUCCGCAGGAACCCCUGAGCCCAGGCCCGGCCGGCUGGGGUUCCAUGGGCCCUGGGUCCACAUUGCCCGGGGAUUGCAGCUGCAGAGCCAGGACAUCAAAGCUGGAGUGAAGCAGACACUGUCCAUGGAGCAGGUGGAUAAGGUGGACAGGGGGCGGUGGUGAUGGCGCAGUUUGACACUGAAUACCAGCGCCUAGAGGCUUCCUACAGCGAUUCACCCCCAGGAGAGGAGGACCUGUUGGUGCACGUCCCUGAAGGGAGCAAGUCACCUUGGCACCACAUCGAAAACCUCGACCUCUUUUUCUCUCGAGUUUAUAAUCUACACCAGAAGAAUGGCUUCACUUGUAUGCUCAUCGGGGAGAUCUUUGAGCUUAUGCAGUUCCUCUUUGUGGUUGCCUUCACCACCUUUCUGGUCAGCUGUGUGGACUAUGACAUCUUAUUUGCCAACAAGAUGGUGAACCACAGUCUUCACCCCACCGAGCCCGUCAAGGUCACUCUGCCAGAUGCCUUUUUGCCUGCCCAAGUCUGUAGUGCCAGGAUUCAGGAAAAUGGCUCUCUCAUCACCAUUCUGGUCAUCGCUGGUGUCUUCUGGGUCCACCGGCUUAUCAAGUUCAUCUAUAACAUUUGCUGCUACUGGGAGAUCCACUCCUUCUACCUGCAUGCUCUGCGCAUCCCCAUGUCUGCCCUUCCAUACUGCACGUGGCAGGAAGUGCAGGCUCGGAUUGUGCAGACCCAGAAAGAGCACCAGAUCUGUAUCCACAAGCGUGAGCUGACAGAGCUGGACAUAUAUCACCGCAUCCUCCGCUUCCAGAACUACAUGGUGGCACUGGUUAACAAAUCCCUCCUGCCCCUGCGUUUCCGCCUGCCUGGCCUUGGGGAGGUUGUCUUCUUCACCCGUGGCCUCAAGCGGGAGCCUGGGGCCCUGGGAGCACGUUGCUGGUCACUCUAUGGCCGCUGCUACCUCCGCCACUUCAACGAGCUGGAGCAUGAGCUGCAGUCCCGUCUGAACCGUGGCUACAAGCCAGCCUCCAAGUACAUGAAUUGCUUCUUGUCACCUCUGCUGACACUGCUGGCCAAGAAUUGCGCCUUCUUUGCUGGCUCCAUCCUGGCCGUGCUUAUUGCCCUCACUAUCUACGACGAAGAUGUGUUAGCUGUGGAACAUGUCCUCACCACCGUCACACUCCUGGGGGUCACUGUGACCGUGUGCAGGUCCUUUAUCCCAGACCAGCACCUGGUGUUCUGCCCUGAGCAGCUGCUCCGCGUGAUCCUCGCUCACAUCCACUACAUGCCCGACCACUGGCAGGGUAAUGCCCACCGCUCGCAGACCCGGGACGAGUUUGCCCAGCUCUUCCAGUACAAGGCAGUAUUCAUCUUGGAGGAGUUACUGAGCCCCAUUGUCACACCCCUCAUCCUCAUCUUCUGCCUGCGUCCACGGGCCCUGGAAAUUAUAGACUUCUUCCGCAAUUUCACUGUGGAGGUCGUUGGUGUUGGAGAUACCUGCUCCUUUGCCCAGAUGGAUGUUCGCCAGCAUGGGCAUCCCCAGUGGCUAUCUGCUGGUCAGACCGAGGCCUCAGUGUACCAGCAAGCCGAGGACGGGAAAACAGAGUUGUCACUUAUGCACUUUGCCAUCACCAACCCUGGCUGGCAGCCACCACGUGAGAGCACGGCCUUCCUGGGUUUCCUCAAGGAACAGGUUCAGCGGGAUGGAGCAGCUGUUGGCCUUGCCCAAGGGGGUCUACUCCCUGAAAAUGCCCUCUUUACGUCCAUCCAGUCCUUACAAUCUGAGUCUGAGCCACUGAGUCUUAUCGCAAACGUAGUGGCCGGCUCGUCCUGCCGUGGUCCUUCCCUGCCCAGAGACCUGCAGGGCUCCAGGCACAGGACUGAAGUCGCCUCUGCCCUGUGCUCCCUCUCCCCUCUGCAGCCUGGGCAGGUUUCCACGGGCCGGGCUCCCAAUGCCAUGGCAGGCUCUGGGGACAGGAUGGAUGCCAGGACAGCCAGCUCUGGGAGCAGUGUGUGGGAAGGACAGCUGCAGAGCCUGGUGCUGUCAGAAUACGCAUCCACUGAGAUGAGCCUGCACGCCCUCUAUAUGCACCAGCUCCACAAGCAGCAGGCCCAGGCUGAACCUGAGAGGCAUGUGUGGCACCGCCGGGAGAGUGAUGACAGUGGGGAGAGUGCUCCUGAAGAGGGGGGAGAAGGUGCCCGGCACCUCCAAUCUAUCCCCCGCUCUGCCAGCUAUCCCUGUGCUGCUGUACCCCGGCCUGGAGCACCAGAGACCACUGCCCUGCAAGGGGGCUUCCAAAGGCGCUACGGUGGCAUCACAGAUCCUGGCACAGUGCCCCGGGCUCCCUCUCACUUCUCUCGGCUGCCCCUUGGCGGGUGGGCUGAAGAUGGACAGUCAGCAUCAAGGCACCCAGAGCCCGUGCCCGAGGAGGGCUCUGAGGAUGAGCUCCCCCCUCAGGUGCACAAGGUCUAGACAAGGCUGAGGAGGGUCCCUAUGCCCCAGGAUGCAGGCAUCUGUUGCCCUGCCAUCCCAUCCACCUGCCAUGGAGGGCUUCUCUGAGUGUUGCCUGGCUCCACGCGUAUGGUGUUUGUGUGUCCGUGCCUGGCCAAGGGAGGUGCCAAUACUAGGCUCACCACAGCCCCAGGAGAGAAAUUGGGGGCCUAGGACCAGGGCACACAGGACUCUAGCCUCAUCCCCAGGAACUCACUUGGCUCGGAGUGUGGUGCUAGCAACUGGCCCCCAGCCCAGCCCCAAUACUGCCACCUUUGCACCUACCCCUACGAGUUUCCAGAGGACUGCCCACCACAGAAGCUGCCAACCAGGGAGAACCUGUGCCAACUGUGGAGUGGGGAGGUUGGGCCUGGACCCUCAACCUCUGUGGCCUCCCUAUCCCCACCCUGAACAGAUGAGCAGCUCAGGCUGUGGCCCUUACCUCACCCCCAGUUCUCCCAGUGCUACAGCCUGCUCACCCCUCCCUUCCUGCACAUCACUGGCAUGUGAGCUGCUUGCUCUGGUUCUGUUCGCUUGUUGCCCUUCCGUUCAACUUUUGAUUUGCAUUGGCGUAGAGGCCCUAGCUCCCAGCUCCUCUCACGCUAUCUUUUGACACUAAGGAUGGUUUCUAAAUUACAGGAGCAGGAUGGAAAUUUUUUGCUGCCCUGUCCAAUUUUUCAGAUGGCUCCUGGGAGACUGAGGCCUUCCUAGCCCCCAUUACUGCUUAUUGUACCCCCAUCCCUCCCACCUCCUGCACAAGGGACGGGGUUGGAGUGUGCCCUGGUCCGUCUACCUCCCAGCAAGAGAGCUCUGACCUGCCUCCUGUUGUCCCCUAGAGGGGGACAGAGGGGCGGCAGGAUGGCUUUGCCCUAGGCUGUGGGCUGCCGCAUUGCAUGCUGGGACCCAGCUCUUACCCUCAGCCCCACCCUCGGCUCCGGUCCGCUGCGGGGAGUGGUGAGUUGCGCUGCCUGAACUCACCGCGGGACGCGGUGGUGACUGUGUACAGCUUGAUUACCCUUAAUAAAGAAGGGACUUUGACCAGG